AGACCUACUUGUAGUAGAGUUGGGGUUCGCCUCGUGUAGAGGCGUUCAAAAGUUAGGGUUCAUUGGAUCGCGGCGGUGAAGUUGGCAGAGAUGCCGAGGCCGGAGGUACAAGCUCCGCCGGAAAUAUUCUACAAUGAAACGGAGGCACGCAAGUACACCACUUCCUCUCGAAUCAUCGAAAUUCAAGCGAAGAUUUCUGAGCGAGCGCUUGAGCUUCUUUCGCUGCCGAACGAUGGGGUACCGCGACUUCUACUGGAUAUAGGUUGUGGAUCUGGGCUCAGUGGUGAGACCCUGUCUGAAAAUGGGCACCACUGGAUUGGCUAUGAUAUUUCUGAGUCAAUGCUAAAUGUUGCACUGGAGCGUGAAGCAGAGGGUGAUCUUUUGCUUGCCGAUAUGGGCCAGGGCUUAGGCUUACGACCAGGAGUUGUUGAUGGUGCUAUCAGUAUUUCAGCAGUUCAGUGGUUAUGCUAUGCUGACAAGUCCUCUCAUGAACCAAGGAUGCGACUAAAGGCUUUCUUUGGUUCGUUAUAUAGAUGUCUUGCAAGAGGAGCAAGAGCAGUGUUGCAACUUUAUGCAGAGAACAUGGAUCAAAGUGAGAUGAUAAUGAUGUAUGCCAUGCGUGCUGGUUUUGCUGGUGGCAUUGUUGUUGAUUGGCCACAUAGCUCAAAAGCAAGGAAAGCAUAUCUUGUUCUGACAUGUGGUCCACCUUCAGUACAAAGUUACCUUCCAAAAGGGAAAGGUGAGGAUGGUGCGAUGUGCAGUGAAGAUGAGGAGAGUGAUGAUGAUGGAAAUCAAACAGUUGGCAUAUAUGACCGAACCCGACCAAGGAAGAAGGCGAAGAUAAACAAAAAUGGGAAAGGAAAGGAAUGGGUUUUUAAGAAAAAGGAACAGAUGAGAAAAAAAGGAUAUUCUGUACCUCCCGAUACAAAGUACACGGCACGGAAACGGAAGGCUCAUUUUUGACCAUCCAAUGCUCAGAGGAUCCCUGCAUUAAUUUCAUUUUCUGUUCUCUGAGAAUUAUAUAGAUGUAGCAAACAGUUUUGAUAGGAUAAUAUUCAACUCCUGGAGAUAGAUUCAAUGCAGCCAAGACAUAUACUAGCCAUAGAGUUUCACUUUUUCUGUUGUAUUGACCAAGGGUGUUGAAGCUUUUCUAAAAUGGUGGCAUCUUUUUGUGGAAGCAUGA